AUGGAAGAUGAGCUGGGUCAAGGUAAUGGUAGUGGGGUCUCGCAAUCUCCCAUGAGUGAGAAUUUACAGAGUGAGGCCCUGGUUGAGAAAACGGGCAGUGAGAAUCUGGCGGAGGAGACUAAUUACGAAGAGGGAAAUGAGGAUGAGGAAAUAAUGGUUGAGAUUGUGGGUUCUGAUGUGUUUGUUGAUGGGGUCGGUGGGAACAAAGAAGGUGAUCUUGAAAUUGGGGGUAUGGAAGAGAAAAAUGAACACAAGUCGGCAGAUAUUCUCGAGGCUAAGGAUGUCUCUGGUGAAGGGGGUGAAAAAGAGGCAGAGAAAAGUGGAUCAGGUGAUAAUAAAAAGAAUUUAGUUGUUACGGGCAAAAAUAAGAUGGGGAAAAUUGAAAUGGGGUUGCCGGGGUCAGAGGAUGGACAAAGUGACGUGCUUACGGGUGAAAAUAAGAUGGGCGAAAAUGAAGUUGUUGCUGAGGCUAUGAAUGUUUCGACUGAAGAGGUUGGAGAUUUGAAGGUGGAAAGUGAUUCGAGGGAUGAAAAUAAACUUGUGGUUACUGAGGCUAUGGAUGUCUCGAGUGAAGGGGGUGGAGAUAAGAAAGUUGAAAGUGAUUUGAAGUUACCUGAGUCGAGGGACGAAAAAAAUUAUGUGGUUACUGAGGCUAUGGAUGUCUCGAGUGAAGGGGGUGGAGAUCAGAAGGUGAAAAGUGAUUCUAGGGAUGAAAAAAAUCACGUGGUUCCUGAGGCUAUGGACGUUUUGAGUGAAGGAGGUGUAGAUAAGAAAGUUGAAAUUGAUUUGAAGUUACCUGAGUCGAGGAAUAAAAAAAAUCAUGUGGUUACCAAGGAUAUGGAUUUCUCGAGUGAAGUGGGUGGAGAUAAGAAGGUGGAAAGUGAUUUGAAAUUGCCUGAGUCGAGGGAUGAAAAAAAUCACGUGGUUACUGAGGCUAUGGAAGUUUCGAGUGAAGUGGGUGAAGAUAAGAAGGUGGAAAUUGAUUUGAAGUUACCUGAGUCGAGGGAUGAAAAAAAUCAUGUGGCGACUGAGGGUAUGGACGUUUCGAGUGAAGGGGGUGAAGAUAAGAAGGUGAAAAGUGAUUCGAAGUUACCCGAGUUGAGGGACGAAAAAAAUCAUGUGGUUACUGAGGAUAUGACCGUUUCGAGUGAAGCGUGUGAAGAUAGGAAGGUAGAAAGUGAUUUAAAGUUACCUGAGUCGAGGGAUGAAAAAAAUCAUGUGGUUACUGAGUCUAUGGAUGUUUCGAGUGAAGGGAGUGUAGAUAAGAAGGUGGAAAGUGAUUUGAAGUUACCUGAGUCGAGGGAUGAAAAAAAUCAUGUGGCUACUGAGGCUAUCGAUGCUUCUAGUGAAGGGGAUGCAAACAGAAAGGAAGAAAGUGAGUUGGGGCUGUCUAACUCUGGGGAUGAGGAAAGUUUGGUUGUUAAGGAGGUUUGUAGUGAAGGAGAUGACAAUAAGGAAGGGAAAAGUGAAUUGGCGAAUGAAAAAGAUACUGUUUUUAAACAAGCUGUAGACUGCAGGUCUGGUGAACCCAAAAAUGUUGAGGCAGGGUUUUCGUCUGUGCCGACUCAAGAAGAUAUAGUGACGAAUCGAUUGGUGAUUAGUGAGAACAAGACAGUUGGAGAUGAAACAGUUGAUGAAAAACAUGGGAAAGACGAUGUAUCAUCGUUAAGUGGUGAUGCUUCUAAUCAAGAUCAGCCCGUCUUGAAUUCCGAUUUGUCCCUUGUGGCAAGUGAAAAAACAGACGACAGCCAAAUUGUACGUCCGGACAACAUUUUCAACACUUAUGGCGAAGAUCCCAAAAAUGUUCAGGUUGAUGCUCAAAACAAGCAGACCGAAAUUGUUGAUGAAAAAGAAGGUUUGGCUGCAGAAAGCAAGGGUUUGGUUGUAAAAUCAGAUGGUUCUUUAGGCUCAGAUGAUCCGAAUGUGAAUGAAGAUUCCGUUCACGGAAUGAAAUCGGAUCCCAAUCAUGAAAAUGAGAGCGAGGAAGCUGCUACUGGGGAGGAUUUUGACGUGGUACUGGAUUUCAACGAUUGUACACCAGAUACUAAUCCGGAUUUAAGUUUAGCCAUUGAUGGUGACUGUUUGAAGAGUGAUGGAGGUUUAGUAUCAAAUACGGAUCAUCCAGACCAUUUUGUCUCAAAUGAACAAACUCAACCGGCUGAUGAGAUUGAUACUGAUAUGGAAAAUCAGCCAAAAAAACUUGAAGGUUCCGAUGGUGGUGAAUUGUGCGAAAACACUGAUGAAAAAAUUGUACCAGAAGAGUCGAAGCAGACUUUAGACUGUGAAGAAAAUGGCGGUGGAAUGCCAAACCCUGUAGAACAAAGUGGGUUACCACAAAGUAAGCAACAUGAAAAAGUUGAAAAGUUGAAAAUACCCGACAUUAGCGAUAAAAUCGAGCCGGUAGAUGAGAAAAACAAAUCUGGUGGAGAUCCUCAUGACAAAAUGGAUAUUGAUUCAGAAUAUAUAGACGAACAACUUCCUUCCGAGCCCGAUAAGAGGUUGAGAACUCCCAAAAUGAAGCAGGCCCGUUAUUUCUCACCUCCCGAAAAUGAGGCCCAUCAUUUCGCCAUAUCCGAUUUAGUCUGGGGUAAAGUCCGAAACCAUCCAUGGUGGCCCGGGCAGAUAUUCGACCCUUCCGAAGCUUCCGAAAAGGCCGUCAAACACUUCAAAAAAGACACUCACCUGGUCGCUUUUUUUGGAGACCAAACAUUCGCUUGGAACGAAGCAUCUCUGUUGAAGCCUUUUAGGCCCUUCUUUUCGCAGAUCGAGAAGCAGUUCAAUUCAGCAGGAUUUCAGCACGCAGUUACUUGCGCAUUGGAAGAGGUCUCGAGACGAGUGGAGCUUGGUUUGUCCUGUUCGUGCAUUCCAAGAGAUAAAUACGCAAUAAUCGAGACUCAAACUGUGGAGAACACAGGCAUUCGCGAAGAGUCGAGCAAAAGGCAAAGCUUGGACCUUUCUAGCCGGGUUUCUUGUUUCGAGCCCGACGAGCUUUUCGAGUAUGUCAAAAAUCUCGCUCCCCACGCAUCUUUUGGAGCUGACCGUUUGGAUCUAACAAUCGCCCAAUCUCAGUUGUCGUCGUUUUACCGUUUCAAAGGGUACCGUUCGCCGACAGUCUUCCCUUCUUCACCUGGGGAUUUGCUCGAGGCUGAGCCUGAGAAAUUAACCAGUGAUUUAACGAUUAUUACUUAUCAAAAACGGAAGCACAGUCCUAAAGACAGUUCGAAUUCUGCCAACAACGAGGAUGAGUCGACUUGUAAAAAACAGAAAGCGUUGCUCGACCCGUUAACCGACGUGUAUGAUAAACGAGUGAGUGUUUAUGCAGAAAAAGUUUCUACUCAGACGAGCCAAAUCCCGAAUAAGCCCUCGUUCAAGAUUGGGGAGUGUAUCCGUAGGGUGGCCACCCAGCUGAGGGACGAAACGGUAAUUGACGAGCACCACCAAGAGAAGCGAAGCACCGGAGGAGUUCUCUCUGUAGAAUCUUUUUCAGUCGAUGAAAUGCUUACACAGCUCGAGCGUGUAGCUCGAGAGCCUAAGAAGAGGCACGAUUUCGUAAGUGUAGUCCACACAUUCUUCAUGGGCUUUAGGAAUGCAGUCGUUCAGAACAGGCGGGCCCGGAAGAAACGGGCCGCGGAGCAGGCUGUUGUGGUGGGCGCUGCUGCGGAGGAGUACGAGUUCGAUGAUAUCAACGACUCGUAUUGGACUGAUAGGGUCGUGCAGAACUAUUCUGACGAGCAGAAUCAACAUUUGAAUAAUAAUAACUGUGGUGUGAAUGGGCUGGGGAGUGUUCAAAAACAGGCGAAAAUGGGCCGUAGGCCGAGAAAGAGAUUUUCGUACACUGCAAUUGCAGACAGUGAACGAGAAGAUCGAGUUAAACGGGCAAAGCAAGAGUCUUCACCGGCCGAGCUUAUUUUGAAAUUUGUGCAGAGGAAUAAUAUACCUUCGGAGAUUAAUUUGAAUAAAAUGUUUAGGCGGUUUGGGCCGUUGAUGGAGUCUGAGACUGAGGUUGACCAUGAAAAUGGAUGUGCUAAAGUGAUUUUUAAGAGGGGUUGUGAUGCGGAAGUUGCUCGUGAUAGUUCGGAGAGGUUCAAUAUUUUUGGAGCGGGUCUUGUUAAUUACCAGAUUGGAUAUGAGCCGUUGAUCUCGGUUAAGGUUUUGCCGCUUGUGGUGCCUCCGCCGGCUCCUCCAAUGGAAGAUGUGUCCUUUAACUGCGUUUGCACUGUAAAAACUAUUGAUCCUUACUGUAUUUCCGGUCAUAAAAGUGGUGCAAAUUCCUAGCAACAGCAGCAGGAGGAAGUUUAUGUGCACGGUGUUCUUGUGGUGAUUAGUUCUAUCAAAUUGUUGUUGCCUGGUGAUUUGUUUUCAAGGAUGAAGUCUUCUGAUGUGUAUUUAUAGCUCUUAUAAUUAUUAAUUUCUCGGGGAGAUCAGAGAUGUUUUUGCACAUGUACCAUUUUGAUUCGGGUAUGACUACAAGAACUGAACUUACCAUUGAGGGUUGUAUGAUGUGUAUUUCUAGAGCUCUUGCAUCAUUUCUCGGGGAGAUGU